AUGCUCCAGCACAGACAUGUUCAGGAGUUUUGCCUUGGCUCACAAGCCCUGAAAGAGGCCCUGAUUUCAAACAACGCCUCACUGAAGGAUCUUUAUGCCCGCACAUACUCCCAGGCUGAGAGGCUCUUCUUAUCCGAGGCGUACAAUCCAGACAGAGUGCUGUUUCAGACUCUGCUGAUAAGAACAGCGUUUGAUUGGAUUGUCAGCCAUCCUGAAGAGCCACAGGACUUUGAGAGCUUCUACAACUCCACUCAAUGGCACCAUUGCAGCUCUUAUCGAAAAAAGAUCUAUCUGCAGCCUAUAGAUGUGGAUGAAGUGAGGCAGGGAGCAAGGAUGUUGUUUCUGGAUGACCUUAAAUCUUACCUGGAGGCCUUCUUUCUUGGCUUCCGCGUGGUGUCUCUGCCCCCCAUAUCCACAUCCUCCAUCAAAUGCCGCUUUCGCCAGCAAAUACACUUGAAUAAAAUCCAGCUCCACACAGAUGCAAUCCUGAGACACCUCCGAAGAGUAAAGCCCAUGGAUGCAUUCUGUGUUCUUGGGCUCACCUUCAUGGAUAUCUAUCCUUGUGACACAUGGAACUAUACUUUUGGAAAAUCAGAAAAUGACCUAGCAGUGGGAGUGUGCAGCUUCUCCAGGCUGUGCGGCAUACCUCUGGGAGAGGGAUCCGGGAUGGCUGAGCGGGCAGCGGCAGCCAUGGAGGAGAAGGAUGACAGCCGUGACAGGAGAGCGCAGUCUGAGCAGCCCCGAGCCCUCACCCUGACUGACCUGCUGCAGUGCUGUAAGGUUGCCAGCCAUGAGCUGUGUCACCUGGUAGGGCUGCAGAACUGCCGCUGGCUACACUGUGUCAUGCAGGGCGUGGCCAGCGUGGACGAGGUGUUCCUCAGGCCCAUGGACCUCUGUCCCAUCUGCCUUAGGAAGCUUCAUUGUGCGCUGGGAUUCAGCCUGCUGCAGCGCUACCAGAAACUCCAGGCAUGGUGCCAUUGUGUUGCUCUCUCACGGGCACCCAGAGAGAGGGUGGGAAGGGCUCAGAGCUCGGAAGAUGGAUGCUGCCUCUUCAGCUCUGAUUCUGAAGGCUCAUGUGAGAACCCAUCCCAGCCCAGAUCAGCCACCCAGGAACUGCAUAGCUUGAAGGACUCGGUCUUCCAAGCCAGGCAGCAGGGUGGGUGUUCAGGCACCAGCGCCUCCCUUUGCCCCUCUGUCUCCUCAAGGACCCAAGAGAAGGGGCCAGCAGCGGCAUUGAGGCCGGAGCUCUGCCCAGACACCCUGGGGGACUAUGAGGCUUGGCUGGGAUCCUGCAUGGGGACUCUGCAGAGGAAGGCGCCCGAAGACGAGCCCGCCCAGCUGGAUCGCCUGGUGGACUCCAUGCCCGCUCCCAUAACCAGCCUGACACGGGCGCCCUCCCUCAGGGUCCUCCCGGAGCCUCACGGGGAGGAGCAGCACCACUUCGGGGGUGCCAUCAGGCAGAGGUUUGUGCAGAUGUGGAGGAAGCUCAGCUCCAGGCAGCCGCAGCAGACAGCCGGUUUGACGAGAGCAAAGACUGACAGGCCGACAGUGAGCCCUGACAGUGAACCCUCUUAA